AUGUAUCUCUCCAAGAUAAUCUCCAUCUCUUUCCUCGCGGCCCUCGCCGGUGCUGCUGCGACACCUUCCAACCUUGAAGCACGCCAGGAGAGCUCAUGCAGCCAGGCACAGUCCGCGCUCAAGCAAACAUCUCAGCACUACAAAUCGUUGGCCGACCAAUGGAAUGGAAGCGCAAAGAGGGCGAUACAACAACUUCUUUCUCAGUUAAAUGCAGAAACUGCCAAUAUUGCGGAUAUCUGUGCCAAGCUCGCCGAGGCGGAGAAAAGUGCACAUGAAUCUUACGGUGGCAUUCAGGUUCAAGAAUAUGGAUGGCUACUAGAAGGUCCACAGAAGAUAAAUAGCAAGUCUAAUAUGCGAAGAACUCAAGGCUUCCAGCAACCGUCUGAAGAGAAUAUGUAUCCUUGCUGGAAUGCUGUUCAUUCUUCCUUUGCUCAUGGUUGGGUAUAG